UCGUAAUGGUUGUUGUUGUAACGCGCCUUACUGUGGUAAUCUCAGCAAACUCCGUGCCAAGCAAUGGAGGCUCAUUUACAAUAAAAUUCCAUGGUUAGUAAGUUAAAUUGUUUUUGAGCGUGUUUUAAAGUUUAAUUAUUAUUGUGUGAUAGUGAAAUUUAAAUCAUCUGUGAACAAUCUUCGAUACAUUAGCAUAGAUCCCUAUUGGCAUGGAGCUAGGAGCGCACUGAUAGUGAUAGUCUAUGAGAUCUUGGUUUCUAUGCAUUGCCUGCCAAAGAAGAACUGAGCCCAAUGUUUCCACACAAUUCUAGUUCACAUGAGAUUUCUACUAAAACAAAUGCCUUCGUACAAAAUUCCAAGGGGGAUGUAGUAGUAUUAGAGGAAAGCAGUCUGAGUGGGGCGCGGGAAGGGGAACGACCAGAGCAUGCUAGGUACUGUGAUAUCAAAUUCAUAAACAGCAGCAUGAUGGCAGCACCUACCAGCCACCCCAAAGCUACCGUCGCCAAUGACUUCAUAACCGUCCUGCCACGCCAAUCUGGUGAGCUCAGCUUUGCCGUUGGAGGUGAGGCCUGCCAGUCAGUGGCUACAGAAACCACAAAAAAUCCAACAAAUAACCUUCUAACCUACGAUAAUAAUAAUAAUUAUAAUAAUAAUAUUAAUAUUAAUAAUAAUAAUAAUAACGAUAAUAUUAAUAUUAACAAUAAUAAUAAUCACAACAAUGCAGAACAUAAUCAUCACAAGUACAGAAAGCAAAACACACCGGGGUCGCUUGGUCAGCUAGGCAGCUCCGCUGAUCAGUCUAAUUUUACGUGUAAACCGUUAAGUGAUAAUAAGGAUAGCUUUAGUGAUAUAAGCAUUAGGGUACUAAAGUUAAGUCUACAUAUAAUUGAUAGAAUGUACGAUGCGCGGUCCACCGCUGGGGUACCUAGCCUAGUUAGGAUACCCAAGUCUGAUCGCCCCCAGCGGCACCCGCGUUUCGUUAAUAUUGUCGACAAUUACUUCUUACUAGGGUCCCGCCUUAAUCAGGGCGACAACAAUAACCUUAAGGCUAAUCUUAGUCUGAUAAGUAAUAAUUAUAAAAAUAAUAAUAAUAGUAAUAUUAAUAUUAAUAAUAAUAAUAAUAACUCAAAGUCUGUGAUAUUGCUCAGCUCAACCAGUUACGGUGACUACUAUCUAAUUGUGACCGGUGAUUGGUUUGCUCGUAAAAAUAAUAAUGACGACGACGACAACAGUGACAAUGAUGUCGAUUAUUUCUUUAAAAUUAUUUUAAUUAAAAACAAUACUUGUUUUAAUGACGGAUAUAAAAUUUUAAUGAAAUUACUAGGCGAUAAGUAUUCCCUUGUUACCAUUAAUGAUAAUAAUAACAACGGGGAAGCCGUCAAGUAUGAGCAGCUCAGUCUGUCAAGCAUUCGACUAGCUAUCAAUGAAAUCAACAACAACAACAACCACUUCAUGACUAUCAACGAUGAUGAUGAUGAUGAUGAAGAUUAUGAUCAAGAUGUGGAUUUUGAAUGGAUUGCUUCCCGGACAUGUGCUCAGAAUAAAACGGCGCGAAAAUACGCCAGUUCUUCCAUUACGCUUAUCGUUUGCAAAAACGAAAUCACCGACCACACUAUUUUUAAAUAUUUUUUGGAUAAUCUCAUUAAAUUUAAACGAGCAAUCACCACUACUGCAACUCCAACAGUUAUAACUUAUAAAUUUAUUUUUAAUGUCACCGUAAGUAAGCUGAUGCAACGCAUAUGUGUUCCAUUAAUGAUUAAGAAUAAUAAGCGUUACGAUAACAACGUUGGUAAUAAUUAUUGUAACUAUAAUUAUAAUUAUGAUUAUGAUUGUAUUGAUGAUGAUGAUGGUGAUGAUGGCGAAAAAGAGAUAAAUAUUACUAACAAUAAUCCAGUUGUUAUCCAAGACAUUGUUAACGUCGCUGUGUGCUACAAGACUAGCUGUGUAAUGACUACUAAUAUUAGUAUGUUAGGGUCUCAAAAUGAUGGUAUUAAUUGUACCGAAGCAACAAUAUUUACUGUUGGUGCUCUUUCAUUUCAGGAUAAUUAUAAGUCUAAUAACAAGCCUCUAAAUGAUAGUUUUAAGAAUAAUAAGUAUCAAGUGUCUGCUAAGGUUGGUCAUGAAUCUAACUAUAUUGUUAAGUCUCUAUCUAAGUCUACGCCGAGCGAUAAGUCUAGUGAUAAGUCUGAUACGUCUCAUCAAGCUCGAUUUGACAAACCUGACGACGACGACAACAACAAUGACGAUCAAGAUGAAGACGAAGAUGAAGAUGAAGAUGGUGAUGAUGAUGAUGAUUACUACGUAAAGUAUGACAAGUGUGUCAGAUCGGACGUCAACAUUCCUACAUUGACUACCUGCGAGCCUACGAUGACGCUUAAUAAUAAUAAUCAAUCAUCAACCGUCACAUCAAAAACAAACAGCGUACCUGUUUCUCGAGAAACCAUAAUCGAGAAUUACUCGAACGAUGAUGAUGAUGCUGAUGAUGAUAAUAAUAAUAAUAUUAAUAUUAAUGAUAAUAAUAAAGAUAAUGACGAUAAUACCAAUAUUACCAAUUCAACAUCAACAACUACUGAUAUUUGUCAAGAUAAUUACAAUGAGGAUGCUGCAGGGUCAUAUACUCGGAAUUGGGCAAGACUGAUCGCUUAUGUUAGAGCUCUCAUUCCUGCUUAUUUAGAGGCGUACAAAAACAACGAGAGCAAAUGCGAAAGCCAACGUAAUCAGCUCAAAAAUGCUCUGCAUCGUCUCUUUGGAGAAUCAUCUUGUGUUUCUUCAUAUCAUAACGAUACUCAAUACGAUCCAAUCAUGGAUUACAAACGUCGAUGGGGAAUAUCGGCUGUUCUAUCGCUUGCUGGUGGAGGAGAAAGCUCACUUAACAGUGGCACUGGUACCAAUUGGGGAUCAACACCAGCCACGACACCCAAUAACAACAAUGCCAAUCAAUCUGGAUGGGGAAGUACACCAGGAAAUGCACCUCCGUCAUCAGCUAAUUGGGGUAACAAUAAUGUUAAUCGAGCUGUUACUGGUAAUUCAAAUCAAAAUCAAAAUCAAGGUCCACCUGUUAACCAAAAUAAUUCUGGUAAUGCCAAUAAAGUUAAUAAUCCAAAUCCUUCGGGUAAUUCACAAACUGGACCACCGACAUCACAACCACCUAAUUCAACUCCGGGUAAUCAGAAUACCGGUCCUUGGCCUCAGGGUAAAGCUAGCAAUCCUGUUAUUCCAGGACAAAAUCAGCCUGCUCAGAAUAAUAAUGGUAAUAAUGUAACACCACAAUCAACAAAUGCCAAUGCUAAUAAUAAUCCAGUGAGUAAUACAACUCCAGGAACAGUUGCUACAACUGUCUCAUCGCCCACCAGCAAUCCUUCAACAAAACAGCAACUCGAACAAUUAAACACCAUGAGAGAAGCACUUUUUAGUCAAGACGGCUGGGGAUGUCAGCAUGUAAAUCAAGAUAUUAAUUGGGAUGUACCCACUUCUCCUGAACCUGCCAUAUCUAAAGACGGUGUACCAAUGUGGAAACCACCAGUUAACAAUGGAACUGAUUUAUGGGAUGCUAAUUUACGUAAUGGUGGUCAACCACAACCAACUCAACAAGCUAAAACUCCCUGGGGACAUACUCCAUCAACAAACAUCGGCGGUACUUGGGGCGAAGAUGACGAGUCUGCAGAUUCAUCAAACAUGUGGACUGGAGCUCCAACUCCCAGUCAACCAAAUACCGCACAGUGGCCUGGUACAAGUGGUAAUAAUCAAACAGGAUCCAGCUGGGGAGAUCCUCGCAUUGAUCCUCGAGAUCCUCGUGAUAUACGCUCAGUAGAUCCACGUGAAAUGCGUGAUCCUCGUGACCAUCGUAUGUCAUUAGAUCCACGUGAUCAUAUACGUGUCCUAGAUCCCAUGACUCGUGAUCCACGAAUGACUGAUAUGCGUGGCGAUCCUCGUGGAAUAUCAGGUCGUCUAAAUGGUGCCAGUGCAGAUGCCAUGUGGGGACAACCACCAGGGCCACCGCAUCAACAAAUGAGCCACCAACAUCCUUCUGGUCCACCAGCUAAAAUGAUAAAUCCGUCUAGUAUGAAUCAAUGGGCAGCACCACCGCCAAAAGAAAUAAUGCCUGGAAAACCAUCAGGAUGGGAAGAGCCUUCACCACCUAGCCAACGACGAAAUGUACCCAAUUAUGACGACGGUACCAGCUUGUGGGGCAAUCCGGUAGCAAAUCAACGACCUAUGCCCAACAGCAAGGUAUCACACUGGAGAGAUUUGCCUUCAAGUAAUUUAGGACGUGGUGGAAUGCAGUGUCCACCUGGAAUGCCACAAAAUCGUAUGCCAGGACAACCAGGUAUGAAACCUGAUGUUGGAGGACCCAUGUGGGGACAUCCUGGUGGUCCCGGUGGCCGCAAUGGCUCAUGGGGCGAUGGACCACAUGACACAUCUAAUUGGGAUGAUCCUAAAACACCUGCUUCGUGGAAUGAACCCCCAAUAAAUCCAGCCAAUUGGGGUGGCCCUUCAGCUCACAAACCAAAAUCCAUGGGACCGAGCGGCAGCUGGGGUGAAAGUGACAUGGAACCAACACCAAGCUGGGGUCAUCCUACCAAGCCAACUCUUACCAAAGAAGUUAUUUGGAACAGCCGAGAAUUCCGUUAUCUCUGCGAUAUGGGAUUCAAGAAGGAAGAUGUUGAAAAUGCUUUGAGAAGCCGUGAUAUGAACAAAGACGAAGCUCAAGACUUAUUGAGCCAAAUACGUUCUACAGAGCAGUGGCGUCGACACGAAACCCCAUCAGGGUACGAUCCUUCCAGCCAGGCCAUGUCUUCAGUCUAUCCUAAAUUCAAUCACGUCGCCCAGCAAAUGUCCUUCCAACCGGGGGCUGGAGUACCUGGCGGUGCGGGAUCCGGCAGCGUAAGUGGUUCGGUGGCCAGUGCAAGUCUUUUGAAGCUCCAGCAGCAACAACAGCAACAAUCGGCAGUUCCAUUGCAGCAACAGCCAAAUGUCAAUCCGCAGCAACCGCCUUUUAACCAGGCAUCGAGAUUACCCCAGAAUCCACCGAGUACACAGCAACUACGUAUGCUAGUCCAGCAGAUCCAACUUGCCGUCCAAGAGGGUUAUCUUAAUCAACAGAUUUUGAAUCAACCACUGGCACCAUCAACACUGAUACUCCUUAAUCAGCUGUUGCAACAGAUAAAAGUACUACAGCAGCUUCAUCAAAAGCACUCUGUUGAAAGCUCACUGAAAGGCAACAGUCAAAUUGUUUUGCAAAUAAGCGUCCAGAUAACAAAAACAAAACAGCAAAUAGCCAAUUUACAGAAUCAAAUAGCUGUACAGCAGGCAACUUACAUGAAACAACAACAGCAGCAGCAGCAACAGCAACAACAACAACAGCAUCAAUCUGCUCCUUCUCAAUCGUCUGAUUACUACAAAACGUCUGUUCAUGAUCCAAUGUCUGUACUUCAAAACAGCUUUAGCGACCUGGCUAUGAACAAAGAGCCGCCAGUGAGUCAACAGCAAUCACGAUUGAACCAGUGGAAGCUUCCGUCACUCGACAAAGACGAUAUAACUGGAAAUGAAUUUUCCCGCGCACCUGGAUCGACAAGUAAACCACCACCGACACCUGGUAGCUUGAGUCAUUCCCACAGUAGCCCAAAUAUGAAUCCGCUGUUGGGACAAAGCGAUGGAACCUGGUCGACCAGAUUAGGAGACAGUGGCUGGCCGGAUGCCGGAAACAAUGACGCAACAGAUGGUAAAGAUUGGCAACCGGGCGGUGCUGCAUUCGCUGAUCUUGUUCCUGAAUUUGAACCUGGCAAGCCGUGGAAGGGGACACAGAUGAAGAAUAUUGAAGAUGAUCCGACAAUUACUCCAGGAUCGGUAGUACGAUCUUUGUCUCUAGCUCCUCUUAAGGAUCCAGAUACAAUAUUCUCAUCAAGUACAAAGACUUCGCCACCACCGCAGCUUCAAAAUGUUGAUACUUCCAUUCCUAGUCUCAGUAAUUCCACGUGGAGUUUCAAUCCUCCUGCGACUACACCAAGUGCAUUCUCUAGCUCUAAAAAUACUUGGACGGACUCCGCGCCACCUCCAACAGCAGUGACCUCAGAGCUUUGGGGUGCUCCAAUGAACAAAGCUCGUCAGGGACCACCACCUGGACUAAGUAGCAAAGGCGCCACCAGCAAUGCCAGCAACGGCUGGGCUGGACUUGGUGGAGUCAGCAGAUCAUCUAGCUCAUGGGGAAUUCAUUCAACUGGUGGAGGCGUAGGCGGUGGCAAUGCUGGUUGGCUUGUCGCUGGCACAUGGCUUUUACUGAAAAAUUUAACUCCACAAAUAGACGGUUCCACCUUGAAGACUCUUUGCAUGCAGCAUGGACCUGUCCAAGAUUUCCGCUUGUACCUGAAUCAUGGAAUUGCUCUCACUAAAUACUCGUCUCGAGAUGAGGCUAGAAAAGCUCAAGGAGCUUUGGAUAAUUGUGUUCUCGGCAAUACGACAAUAUUUGCGGAAUCUCCAGCUGACAACGAGGUUCACACACUUCUGCAGCAAUUGAGUCACGGUGGUCAACAGCAAACAGGUGCCUCUGGCGGCAGUGGCUGGGGUCUGAGACCAUCAAACAAAGCUGGUCCACCACCCGACACUUGGGGCGGCAGCUCAAGUCAACUUUGGGGCGCUCCACCCUCCAGCAAUUCACUUUGGAGCAACUCUGGACUCGACAGCGGUGACGCUCAAAGAACUACUCCAAGUUCACUUAACUCGUAUUUACCCGGAGACUUAUUGGGAGGUGAGUCGAUGUAGAGAGUGUGACUAUCACACGCUCGUAUACUCGACCUGUGAUGUGAAUAAUGCUGAAGCUUAUACUCGGCAAGGAUCCAGAUUAACUACGUUUGAGACUUUAACAACACCAGCUACAUUUAAUCCCUAAUCUUUUACCGGUUCGUUUGACACUUUUUACAUCAAAUAAAUAUUCGUCACUUAUCGAAUAAACUCAACGAUAAUAAUUAGGCAUGAUCAUUUCAAUAUCUAUACAUAUAUAUCUAUGUAUAUAUAUGGCAGUGAGGCAUCUCUGAGUAAUAACGAGCAAAAUGUCGGCAGUUUUUAACUGUCAGCAAAUUUUAUCUCGAUAUGUCAAUUACAUAACUGAUAGUGAUGCGUUUUUUUGGAAUGAGUUACUUAAAAAAAAAAAAUAUAAAAAUAAAAAAAAAAUAUUCUAGGGCCUGUUAUCUCCAGAUACGUCGGGUCGUUAAGAAUUAAUGAACAGCCAAACGAUCUUACUGCGAUAAUGAAUAUUAAAAAGUACUAAUAUUUAUAUUAAAAACAAAAAAAGUGAACAGCAAACAUUUAAAAAAUAUAUAUAUAUACAUACAUAUAUAUAUAAAUUAUUGGCAAUCCGAUCGACAGUUCGGAGACCAUUGAAUAAGGAAUCGAAUUUUUCUUGUACAUUCAAUUCAAGACUAUUUUAAUAAAAGUUUUGAACUGGAUAAUAAACAUUAGCCAUCGUGACUUUGAUGUUAACGACAUACAUGAUAUCCAUUGGGCAUGUUCUUAAUUAUUACCUCAAUUUUUGAAACUACGCACAAUCGCUUUAUGUAUAUAUGUAUAUUACACAGUGGCGAUAUUCAAAUGAAAUAAUAGAACAAAAUAUAAAAUAAUAUUAAAUCAAUAAAUCAAUCAAUUAUAAAUGCCGGUUGAUGUUGAUUGUCGUUAGCAUCGAAUGCAAAGACAAAUCCCAGGCCAAAGGUCUCUGAUCGUUUCGGGGAGUGUUCCAUUUUUGCUGGACAGUUCGAAGACUGCAGCGAGUAUCAAACUUAGACUGUAUCAAUCUAAUCAAAAAAAAAAAAAAAAUAUAAUAAAAAAAAAAAUCUUAAACGAGCAUUGACGUCGCUGCCCGCCGUCCUGCUGAUGAUUAAGACGAUAGGAAAAACGUGGGAAAUAGGAUUAAUUAAAUAAGGAAAAUAUAAAUUUAAUUAAAUAAAUAAUAAUAGUAAUAAUAAUAAUAGUAUAAAUAAUAAUGAUAAUGAUAAUGAAUAUUCAGGCUGGCCGGGCAACGACACAACGAUACCAAAUGUUAUCGCAAUAACGUAAAUUUUAUUCUAUAUUAAAUCUAAAUGCCACCUGUCGUGCCAAUGUCCAGUGUUUCUCUGUACCAAUUAUUAAUGUAGAGUUUAAAACAAUUGACGAAAAAAAAAAAAAAAAAAAUAAAAAAAAAUAUUAAAAAAACAUGAAAAAAAAAAAAAAAAAAAAAAUACUAAACAUAUUAUUAUAGUAAUAAUAAUUAAUAUCGGGUAAGAAAAGAUCACAUUUUAAUUCGAGUCAAGUCGUGGUGGCAUUAAAUACUGGCCGGUAUUAUAACGUUAUGCCUCCUUGUGAUACAAAAAUAAAAAAAAUAAAACGCGGGAACGGUCGAAACAAGAUUAUUUUAAAAAUCUUUAUCCGAUCGUUCACGACGUGAACAAAAUAAAAAAAAAAAAUUAAUAAAAUAUACUAAAAAAUAAUAAUAAGAAUAAUAAUUUUAAAAUAUUAACACUAACAAUAAAAUAAAAAAUGAAAAUUUGGAAAACUCGUACGCGCUUUGAAACGACACGGUGUCGUUUAUAUAUUAACUAGUUUUUCCAACGUCGAGGUACCUGAUGGAGUUAAAACCAAACGACGAGCGAGCAAAAAAAAUCCAACAACAUAAAACACUUUUUAGCCGCGUCAAAAUAAUUACAAUGAAUAAAAAAAAAAAUUUUACUAAUAAAAUAUUCCGUGUUGUUAAUUAACACGACGAGCUUUUCAGAUUUAAAAUUAAAAAAUGAAAAACGAGCAAUUUCAUAGCCAGAAUAUAAAUAAAUUUAUAAAAUAUGAUCAUUAAAAUAGAACAAUCCCAUUUCGAAUCGAAAAGUAAUCAAUCAGUAUAAUAAUAAGCAGAUUAAGUAAUAAAAAGUAUAGUUACGUUUGAAUAAAUAAUAAAAAAACAAACAAAAUAUUUGCGCAAUAAAUAAAAAUAGGUAAACAAAAAAAGUUUAAGAUACGGACAAAUAAAAUGACGCGCGUCUAAUACACAAUUUUAAGUGACACACAUUGAGCUAAAGGAAGAUUCAUAUUUAAAAAAAAAAACUUAAACCUCAUGAUAAUUCUAUAAGCGAAUUUAACUGUAAGAUUUAAUUAAUUAGCCGUUCAAAUCGUAAUAAGGAGAAAUAACGAGAGAUAUGACAAUGAUACACAUACGCCAAUUUCAAUACAACGCCACGACUAAGUUUUAAAAAAAAAAACAUAUAUGUACAUUACAUUUAAAAAAAAACGACAGACUUGCACACAAACGAUGAAAUUUUGUUUUACUUAAUUUAUAGAUCGCGUAUGUGCGUGCAUGUGUAUGAAUGACGUAUGCCAAUGUGUUAAGAAAAAAAAAAUAUGCGUAUUAAAUACUAGGGCCACGGAUAAUUAUAAGUAUAAAAUGAAUAAUAAUAAUUAUUAUUAUUAAUGGAGAGUUUCACGAAUUACCUUUUCAUUCCCAGCGGAAUAUACCAAUUUUAUAAUUUUAUUUUUUUGUUUUUAAUAAUUAUUUUUAUUUUUAGUAAUUAAUUUUUUUUCUUUUGUCGUCAUUUAAUUUAAAUCGACUAGCGCCCUAUUUUAUUCUACGAACGUAGACUUUAAGCUACUACCUAAGUGUUUUAACGAUAUUUAAUAAAUAAUUAAAUAUAUAUAUAUAUUAUAUAGAUAUUAUAGUUGCCCGGUCAGACCGUGAAUGGGAUAAAAAAAAUAAUAUAUAGAUAUAUAAUAUAAAUAUAUCAAACUACUCUUUGAAAUAAUAUAAAAUAUAAAAAUAGUCAGAUCAGAAGUUGAAUAAUAUAAGCCUAUGUGUUUAUGUGGCAUUUAGCUUCCGAUACUCGUGUCGGUAUCCGCGGGAUUGUGUUCGUCAAGUCGUCAAGUAUUAAAACUACUUUACGCGAGACUCGUCAGGGUGAAAAUAGCACUAAAUUACAGGACAAAAUAAAAAAAAAAAAAUAAAUAAAUAAUUAAUCAGAGCCAGGUGAAUUUUUAAAUUAAAAAAAAAAAAGUAUUUACAUACCGCGAAUGUCGCGUUAAUAAAACUAUAAUAUUUAUUAUUAAUUGAAGGAAUCAAAGACGAAAUGGUGAAACUUUCUCAGAGUAGUAGAAAGAUAUUUGUUGUGAUAAUAUUGAAUUUAGGCACUUAGGAUUUCUUCUAUUCUGACGAAUCAAUCUAUAUGACUGUUCGUUAACGUCGUGUAGAUCGAUAAUAAUUAUUAAUUAAUCUAAUUAAUAUAUUAAUAAUAAUAUUAAUAAUAAUAAUAAUUGGAGGUCUGGAAUAUUUAAAAUUAAUAAAAUAAUUAAGAGAGAUAGAAGAUGAGGGAGGGGAGGAAAAAUAGCCUUUUAUAUCAUCCACGUAACAGGCGAAAAAUUUUGAGAGGACACUUAGUUAAAUAUUUAAACACACACACUUAUAAAAUAAUAAAAUAAAUAAAUAAUACAAUAAUUUAGACGUAAACGCGCUUGUGCGCACGUAGUCCCCCCGAUCAACUUUGUGUACACGUAUAAAUAAAAUAUAAUUUUAGUACUGAUAGGACUUUAAAUAAUAAAUAUAAAGUACUACGAUUUUUAAUAUUAAUAUAUAUUACAUAUAUAUAUUUAUGGAGAGCUAUUAGCCUAUCUUACACAUAUAUUUAACAAUAAAAAUAAAUAAAUAAAAUAGCGCUUAGUCAGUUAGUGGAGAGACGAUGCCGUUUAUCAAUUAAUAUUCUGAGAUAAUUUAAAAUGUAUGUGGCAAAUUAGGCACACGAUAUUUAUAACACCGAGAGCUUGUAAUACUAUCACUCAUAUUUAUUAUAUUAAUAAUAUAUAUGCAAGUUAAUAAUUUGCGGAUCUAGAUAUAGAUAUACAUUUUCGUGUAUGGAUUUAAUAAUCGAAGAAUCAAAACAUCAAUCAUCGCCACUGUCGCUCUUUCUUUAUAGAAAUUAUGACAUUUAUAAUAUAUUAUUAUUAUUAUUAAUAUGUAAAUUUUAAAAUACAUUAUUAUAUAUGUAUUUUAUGCGAGUGCAUCAAAAAUACGUCGCGCACAACAUUUGCUGCUCGUCCACUACUUUUUAAGGAUCAAUGUCUUUCCUAUUAUUACUACUAUUAUUAUUAUUAUUAUUAUUAUUAUUAUUAUUAUUAUUAUUACUAUUACUAUUAUAAUAUUAUUGCUUGCUCUCUCUCUCUCUAUCUCUCUCCUUUCAUCGCGCUCUCAAUUUAAAUAAUCCAGUAUUAUCGUCACUGGAAAUUCGUCUUUUAAAUUAAUUGAUAAAUAAUGAUAAUAAAAAAAAAUGUUUUAAUUGAAAUACUUAAAUAAAAUUAACGUGCCUAUCUCCCUGGAGCCGCGAAAACUACUCGCCAACAACGAUGCGGAUACAAUCAUGACAAUUUUUCUGACGCUCGGACAGUGUCAGUAAAUAUGAAUUUUCAUUUUUUGAAUUUUUU